AUGCCAUCCGAUUGCGAAAUAAACGAGAGGGAACAUCGGUCAAGUAUAAAAGAUCGAAAUAUCUUUGGGAUGAUAUUCCACUCCUUAUUCAAACAGCAUACCGUAAACAUGAGGUUGCUGCUGAUCGCUCUAUUAUUUCAGACUUAUUUGACGAUUUCUUCGGCUUUCCCCGAGCCAAAGCAAAAGAGGGACGUUCUUCCAGGCGAUCCACGUUACGGAAUCGAUCAUCAUCUCGACAACGUGGUGCAAGUUAAAUCCUUUGAUGACAAAUCCGUGGUACAGGACGUCUAUGGACCCCCUGGAUAUCAACCGGGCGCUCCCCUUGGUAACGAGUACUUGUCACCCCUCGCUAUCACCGAAUAUUCCACACCGGUCGCUGAAGUGGUUAACGUAGAACCUGAAAAAGUAGUAUCAAGCACAACAUUCUCGAUUCCCGUUGAAAGCGUCGAAACGAUAAGUGUCACACCGCCAUCAACCCUUUAUAGUAUUCCCGUGGAUAAAACCGUUAAGACCGCCGUAAAUACCGAAUCCGCGUCUCAAGUCAAAUCCACGGUCAAAACCGUAAACACUCGAGUUCACGAAGGAUCUCCAUCGACUGUGAACAUCGUUGAACACUGGCCUACCGUAAAACAAGUAACACACUUUACCAACGGAGCGAAGAUCAACCCCUCGGUUACGAAAACCGUGAGGAAGAACGUCCUUGGCAACACUCUUCUGCCCACUGUCUACGCUUCUUACGGCGGAGUCCUUAACAUACCCGGUUACGUCUCUUCCCAACUUCCUUCCCUCUACUCGACGCUACAAUCCAUCCCUGUCGAUCACGCGGUCAAUUUGAACGUCCCUCUUCCCCUCUCAUCGUCCCACCAGCUCGACAAAACCGUUCCAACCGCCUAUUCCGUCGCGCAACCAGCCUUCUCGGCUCCACACACGCAUAUCCUGCAACGCGCCCCUGUCCACACCCUCUACGCAUUGCCUUCCGUCUCGUCGCUUCCCUUCGAAACGCUGUCUCCGAUCCAACCCGUAUCUUCCGUGGGCACUUUGACCCCCGUGCACGCGACGCGCACCUACACACCGGUGCAAUCCGUCGAGACCUUGCCAUCCUCGAAUCUGGUGCACACCGUAGAAUCUGUCAAGUCCGUGAAGACCUCGUCGCCUGUGCAACACGCGGUGCCGACCGUGGUCGAGAGCCUAACACCUGUGGUGAGCGUGUCGACGGCGAGCCCCCUGCAAUCCGUGGACACCGUGGAUCCGAUCAAAUCGGUGAGAAUCGUGUCGCACCAGCCCGUCGAGACCCAACACUCCGUGACCGAGGUGCUUAAAACCAAAUCGGUACCCGUGAUCCAUAUCUCGGAUCAGGGCCUGCAAGACAAGCAAUUCCUGAGCAAUUUCUUCUACCAGCUCGCCACCAUGUAUUUGCCCAACUUUUCCACCUUACGGCCCCCAUCCUCGACCUCAACCUCCUCCUCGCCCUCCUCCUCGUCCUCGUCCUCGUCCUCGCGCGCGCAUUCUAAGUCGGAGUUGACCACGAGCCAACCGGUUAAGGUGACCACCCCUGUCACCAUUCUCAGCGAUGACACUUACAAUCAAGAACUCGUCAAUAAUCCGGUAUCGGCUAGUAAGCAGGUGGUGAGCGUGACGCCAGCCAACGAGUACGUUCAACCCACGGAAGCCAACGGCGGAUAUGUUUAUUGAAAAUGAAUCGUAUCGUCGAUUAUAUGGAUAGAUGGAUUCGUCCGUUGUUGGAGAGCAUUUAGAAUCGAUUGGAGCUGGCGCGAUCGGAAAGAAUUAUUUUCAAAUUGUGACAAUUGAAGAAU